AUGAGGAAUAAAGGAACUCAUGAAGUUUUAAGAGUUUUGCAGACGUUCGUGGCAGAACAUCAUCCCACUUCAUUAACAUCAGACCAAGACGGUGCAUACCUCAGUAAUGAAAUCACAGAAUUUCUCAUUAAGCAUAACAUAACUCACUACACUACUGAAGACCAUAACCAUAACAUACUCGGCAUCAUAAACCGCUUCAUAAGAACGCUCAGAGAUUUAAACCAAGAGUGA